CGAUAUCUGAAUACUUAUGCGCACAAAGUAUACCUGAGUUACAUUGACUAAUGAAUUUGCAUGUGCUCUAAGAUGCUAACAUUGGGGAAGACAUUUUACCAACUCUCUCACGCGAGGAUAUCCGAGAUCUCUUUCCUGGUCCUGAGCACUUCCUGCGGCGCAAAACCAUUUGGCUUUUGACUCAUAAGGAAGAGCAGGGUCACACCAUUCCUGUUGAAGUCCAAGGUUCAUCAGACGACGAACAUACUCGCAGUUCAAAACAAGAUGACCCCAGCACUUCAAAGUUUUUAAAGUUACCCAGCCCAGAAUAUGUUCUCUUCACUGACAGUGAACUACAACACAUGAGACGCACAUACUUUGAGCAGCAGCGUCUUGGAAAAGAGGGUGACGUCACUUUAUCAAAGGAGCUGUUCUGCCGGCUCAUCCGAAAUACCAUGACAAACAUGAUAUCUAUUGCAAGAGCAUCUUCAGAUGACUACAAAUAUCCCACUAAACAUGAAGUUAUUGCCAUGGCAAAACGGUUAGUGGAAUACUACCCUAUGAUAAAAGAUAAGUCAACUGGAUCUAGGCAUGAGUGGGACACCGUUGCCAAAAAUCUCCUGAAGCGGUUUUCAAAUAUCCGAAGUCCCGUGAAGGCCAAAAGGCCUCCUUCCAAAACAGCACGUCAAGACAGGGAACCUUCUGCUGCAGUGGCAAGUGACUAUGACGCUGAUUCCUGUGCAUCAACAGUCAAUCUGUCACCACCUUCAAGAUCAAGCACCCCACGGCCAGAAAAUGACAGCAUCGAUGAAGCAUCUGAUGCAGACAACAGCUUUGACAGCCAGAAAACCCAGGCAAGACAUUACAGGACUCUGCAAGAAAUGUACAAAGCAAAGAAGCCAAACAAAGCUGCUGUAACCCAUCUAUUAGACCUAGAGUUCCAGUCCAGAAGAAAUUUCAUUGACUUGUAUGCUUUGAAGGAGCAAGACAAACCAACCAAAAUUUUGCAAGCAUACCCCUGCUUCAAAGAACUUGACCAUGCAAUGGAUGAACUGCGGAGAAUCAUUGAACCAGACAAUUGCCAAUACAUUUCUGAGGUGAAGGGCAGGUGGGAGACCUUAUACUCCAAGGUUCAGUUUUAUGGAGUGAUGAAGAAAGUCAUGAAGCCUCCAAGGACAUUAAAUGGAGUUGGACAUGCCAUUGCUGUUUUUACUGCCCUGCCGCUGCUCUUCCCAUCUGGUUCUACAGCACCGAAGAAACAGGUCCCAAUCAGUGAGGCUCUUUUCCACGUUCUGAUGCCUUCAGAGGAUCCAGAUACCUACAUCCACAGGCGCUCAUUUUCCACUCCUGUCUUGCUGGUUGGUGAGGAGAACUGCAAGGUGGUUGUAGGUACAACCCCAGUUCUAACAUUUGACAAAGACUUGCUCCACGAGGGGCCUCUCUACCUCCUGGCCUAUUACUAUGUGUUCCACCUCAGUUGAUUCCCAGGGCCGGCGGGUAACAACUGAGGUGCCCUUGAGCAAGGCACCUUACCCCUACUUGCUCCCCGCGCACUGCAGUGAUAGCUGCCCACUGCUCCGGGGGUACGUGUGUUCACCACUUGCUGUGCGUGUGUUCACUACUCUCUGGAUGGGUUAAAUGCAGAGGUCACAUUUCGUUGCCUUGUACUUGUACAUGUGCAAUGACAAUAAAGUUGAAUCUAAAUCUAAAUCUCACAUAUCCAAAGUUGUCUGUGUUGCAAACACAAGUUCUGAGAGAUGCCAUCCACAAUCAGGAUGCAACCCCGUCAUACAAAAAGGUCAUUCAAGAAUGGAGAAUGUUUGAAUGACUAAUACAGU